ACAGUUCACAGAAUUGUCCAUUUAAAAGAAAUUCAGCCAAUUUAUUCAUUACUACAUUUACCUAACAUUAGAUAAUUAAUCGAGUUAAUUUUGUCUUGAUUCGACAGUCUCGUCCAGAUCAUCAUGACAUUUGUAGUUCUUUAUGAUAGCCACAUUAGCAGCUAACUAGCCGUUCAUUUUUUGGGGGGGCGGGGUAAAUACAGGCAAAUAUAUUGAUAAAAGUAACUUUAUCCUAGAGCAGGAGUGGCAAAGGUCGACCUGAUUCAAUAUGGCCCGCGGACCUCAGAUUACAUAAAGAAUUUGCGAUGGUAAAGUAUUUGUUAUUCAAAUUAAAAGCAUAAUGAAUACUCGCCUUUGUGUAAUGAUAUAACUCCGACCGCUUGGGGGACAUUUAUUUUGAAGGCACGUAUAAGUAACAACUGCACGAGGACAGGCAGUGGCUGACACACGUUACAAAUAGUAGCUAGCUAGAAAUUGCGCUAAAAUGAGUUUUUCCAAAGAAAAGGAAAGUAGACAAUGAAUGUAGGGUGUUCCAGCAAGAGUGGACUUAGAAAUAUUUCUUUAUUGAGGUAUCAGGGAAAGCUGUGUGCAAGGAGAGCAUUGCUGUAUUGAAAGACGACAACUUAUCCCGACACUUUCAGACGGAAGCAUGCAGAGAAAUAUAGGAAUAUGUCUUCUGAGCAGAGGGCAAGUGCAUCGAAAUAGUUGCAAAAGCAGCAAGGACUUUUCACAAAACUGCAUUCAGCAAACGACGGAAUUGCGAGUGCUAUCUAAGUACUGUCCUACACAAUUGCUAAACAUAGCAAGCCAUUCGCUGAGGGCGAAUUCAUUAAAGAAUGUUUAAUUGACUCUGCAGCAAUACUUUGCCCCGACAAGAAAGAGCUGUUUGAAAAUGUUUCCCUGUCAAGACGAACAGCGACACGGCAUGUUGAGGACAUCACAGAGAAUAUGGAGCAACAGUUGAAAUACAAGGCAAAGGAUUUCACCUAUUUCUCCUUGGCCCUGGAUGAGAGCAGUGAUGCAUGUGACACGGCGCAGUUGUUGAUAUUCUUAUGAGGCAUAACCCCAGACUUUGAAAUGGCAGAGGACUUUGCUUCGGUGCAGUCAGUGAAGAGCACAACCACAGUGAAAUAUUCAUUGGAGGAGAUUAAUAAGUGUGUGACCACUGAUGGGUGCCCAAACUUCACAGGAAAAAACGUUGGGGUUUUGAAAAUGAUACAAGAUCAAGUAGCUGAGCUGAACCCAGAUCAGAACAUUAUUUUCCUGCAUUGCAUUAUUAAUCUGCAGGUGCUCUGUAAAUGUGUUCUGAAAAUGAGCCAUGUUGUACAUGCAGUCACUAAAGUGGUAAACUUCAUAAGAGCAAAAUCUUUAAACCACAGGAAAUUUGUCUCACAGUUGGAAGAGACCGAGUCGGAUCAUGCAGAUUUCCCCUUACACACAAACGUGAGAUGGCUCAGUUUGGGGAAGGUACUUAAAAGGGUGUGGGACCUGAAGUCGGAGAUUGCUGAGUUUUUGCAAAUUAAAGGAAAAUAUGUGGAUUUCCAUCAACUGCCAGAUAAAGAAUGGUUGGCUGAUUUUUGCCUUCACUGCGGACAUCAUGGCCUUCAUGAAUGAACUGAAUUCCAAACUACAAGGAAGGGCCUUUUUGCACAUCAGAUGUACAGCCUUGUCAAAGCCUUCAAGGGUAAGUUACUCUUCCUGACCUGCCAAGUAGAAGCCAACAAUAUCACCCACCUUACGACACUACUAGUCUGUUCCCUAUCAAGAUGACCAGCGGGAGAAGUAUACAUCACUGCUGCGUGCUUUGAACGUGGGUUGUACCAGAGCUGGUAGGCCAGGCCCUGGCAACAGUGCUGAUGCUUGUCUCCCUGCACUGGUUUGUCUUCCUACUCAACCUGCCUGUGGCCACCUGGAACAUGUACAGGGUUUGGAAGGUGCCCAUGGGAAACAUGGGGGUGUUUGACCCCACUGAAAUCCACAACCGGGGACAACUAAAGUCUCACAUGAAAGAGUCCAUGAUCAAACUCGGCUUCCACCUGCUCUGCUUCUUCAUCUACCUGUACAGCAUGAUCCUGGCACUGAUCAACGAUUGAGAUCCCCAUGGCUUUUUUAAUCCAAUCGGCCAAAUCACAAACUAUUCAGAAUGUGGUGUUCAAUAUGUCCUGGUCCUCAGUCCUCUGCUCAGCUGAAGUCACCUGAGAUUACACUCCCCUUGGACACCUAAUCAUUGCUCAGCCACCCCCUCCCUUCCAUUACGUACUUCUGUGUUCUCAUAACUGCCCUGGAACUGUGUGCGUGCUUUCGUUCAGCCUGUGUCCAACAAUGCUGUCCAUGCACUGCUCCUCUGGGCAGAUGGAAAACAUGACAACCAUACAGGCUAGAUGGUGCAUACGAUUGGCUAACAUAUUUUCAGCCAAGAGCCAAUCACAACAGCUAGCACAUCCUCUUGCAGCCUGCCAAACAUCAUCUUUGAUAUGUCAAUGCCAUAUUUGAUUGUCAUAUUUAUUUUUUUGUCUCUUGUCAACAUGCUGGAAAAUCCUUAAAUCCUUGAAUAUCCUUUGCAGAAUACUACCCUGUGUUUUGGAGAUUGAUUUCUAUAUUUUCUUGGUCUCUUAACAUCAAUAAGUUGUAGAUCUGACAUUCCCUGACUGCUGAAAGUUGCACAUUUGAUUGGUAUUAUGAAAUAGUGUUCUCAGGGGAAUACAUGCACCUGGAUUGGAAAAUGUUUUUCAACCCUAUUAUCACUCGACUGUGUAUCAAUGGGCAAUAACCACUGAAGAGCAAUUUCAUUUAAGGUCAUUUCCAAUUGAGCUGAUAUGUAAGUCUUUAAAUUUGUGUAGUGCUUCAGAUUGAAUCAAAUCCCUUGUCUGUAUUAUCGUUGUAUUACAUUUCACUAUGUAUGUUAUUUGUGCAGUUUGAGAAUGACCAUGUUCCAGCCAAAUGUGUUUCUCCAUGGGGAAAGGGUGCGUGUUCAGAUUGUAUUAAAUCAAACUAAAAUUACUCUGUGCUUUUGAAAAUAAUUUGUGGGGUUUCUUAAAUAAACUUGAAAGAGAACAAUUGGUGUCUUUUUCUUGUGAGAUUAUAUUGUGGUAGGGCUAAUACUGUAGUCCAAAGUCAUGUUUUGAAAAUAUGUGUUUCGUAAGCUGCUAAUCAUUAAAGCCAUCACACAUGGUCUUAAAACCCUGAAUGCUUUAUUGAAAAUAUGCAUACAUAACGUUACAUAACAGUACAAUCACUUUAAUGCAAAACGGAUUCUUCCGAAUCUAGCUGCUAACAAACCUAAUAAUGGCUUCUCACCUCGCCAAGCGUUUACAGCAAGGAAAUAAGGUAUGUCUCAAGAACAACUUGCAUAAACUGAACCUAGAACACGUCUGUGAUUGUUUGAUCUGUACUGAGGUGUGUAUAUAUAUUUUAUCUAUCGGUCUUCUGUAAUAGAACAAGCUGGUGGUGGCUGUAAUGACCUGUGGGCAGGCACUCGCCUGAUGCAGGGGAGAUCUGUGUCACAGAAAAAUGCUUAGCCUAUACACUGUUCUUACACUCUCAUUAUACAUCCCAUUAACAUAUACAGAUAUAUAGCACAUCAGAAAAGCUUAUUUUGCUUGACUGUCCAACGAUAGUACAGGGGAAAUGAGAAAAAAACAAAAACCAUAAACAGAUAAGCAAGUUUUUUCAAAGACAUUUUAUGUCAGCCUGUAUUGAAUAAAUAAAUCAGGAAAAGGAAAAACAAAGCAGCAAAUAAAUGCUAAUUUCACCACAGCUAGAGAAAAAAGUGGAUACAACAAAAAUGUAA